UUUCUCUCUCCUAAUCCAUUUCCCAUCUCAAACUAUAAACAUCAUCUCUCUCCCUCCUCUCCCUCUCUCUCUUUCCCUCUCUUUCUUCUCUCCAAUUUCCAUUUUACAUUUGUUCCUUUUUGUUCUUUGUACUGUACCCUGCUUUUAUCUCCAAAUCUUAGAUAUCCAUGUCCUGUUUCAUUAGAUCUAGCUCUAGAUUUACCAGAUCUAUGAAUUUGCAUGUGUGUUUUUCGAAGGGAAUACGAAAUGAUUUCUGGAUUUCAUGUUUAUCCACCUUGAUUUUAGUUUCUGGAUCUUUGAAAUGGAUGAUGAUGGGUUUCGUAAUUGGGGUUACUAUGAACCAGCGGCUGCUACCUUUAAAGGUAAUCUCGGUUUGCAGCUAAUGUCAACCAUUGAUCGGAACACUAAACCGUUUUUACCCGGGCGUGAUCCGAAUCUAAUGAUCGGACCUAACGGGUCGUAUCACCACCAAGAGCCUCCUCCAAUCCACAUGAGCUACAAUUGGAUUAACCAACAGAAGGACAAGUUCUUCAACAUGUUGCCUGUAACUACCUCUCCUAAUUACGGUAAUGUCCUUCCCGAGACUUCCUCUGCUCCGUCGAUGCAGAUGAAUCUGCAUCAUCAUCAUCAUCAUCAAACCGAGGAGAAUCCGGUUGUUAAGUUGGAAGAUGAGGUUGUUAAUCAGACGAAUAAGAAGAGAAAGACUAAUUCAAAAGCUGGCUCGGGGACGACAACAAAGGCUAAGAAGCCAAGGAAACCAAAGGACGAGAACAGCAACAACAACAACAACAACAACAACAACAAUACUAAUAAUAAUGUUUCACGGGUGAAACCUGCUAAGAAGAGUGUCGACAUGGUGAUAAACGGAGUGAGUAUGGACAUUUCUGGUCUUCCUGUCCCGGUCUGCACUUGCACUGGAGCUCCUCAGCAAUGCUACCGUUGGGGAUGUGGCGGUUGGCAAUCAGCGUGCUGCACCACGAACAUCUCGAUGCAUCCGUUACCUAUGAGUACUAAACGCCGUGGAGCGAGGAUCUCGGGAAGGAAGAUGAGUCAAGGUGCGUUUAAAAAGGUUCUUGAGAAACUCGCUUCUGAUGGGUUUAACUUUGGUAAUCCGAUUGAUCUUAAGAGCCAUUGGGCAAGACAUGGAACUAACAAGUUCGUCACAAUCAGAUGAUUUAGUAUCUUUUGAUUAGUAAAAGAAGAAGAAGAGACGUGAGUGUGUUUUCCCGACGGCUUUUUCGAUUCUCUUUCGGGGAUGGAAUCUCUCAGUGGAUGGUUGUAUAUAUUCAACAAAUCUGAAAAUCUUGUGACCUUUCUAAAAAAAUCCUGUCUGCAAUCUGAGUUCGAAACUGUGUUUUCAGGUAAACCAUCUUCGUUGUUGUAGGGUUUGGAAAAGCAGAGUUCUCUGUUUUUUCUUAACCACUUUUUUAUAUCAUCAUCAUCAUACAUUGCUUUGUUUUUGUUUUGUUUGUCUUUGUCUUUGUUGUGUUUCUGAGGAAGAAGGUGUCUGAGAAAAAAUCUUCGAGGAAAUUUAUUUAUUUUUGUACUUUUUGUUAUCUUUUUCUAAAGCAUUUUACUGACUUGUAACAGACAUUCUUUUAAUUAAAUGUUUUUUUCUAUUUUCCAGAUUUA